AUGGACCCUGCUCGCAGCGAGGCGCUUACUUGGGAAGAGUUUACAGAAGAAGUUUACAACAAGUAUGUUCCCAUGAGUUAUCGGCGGGCGAAGGUAGUGGAGUUUCACACCCUAAAACAAGGAAACAUGACGGUCACGGAGUACGACCGCGCCCUAUGUGAGAUGACCCGUUAUGCGCCAGAAUUGGUAGACACAGACGAGAAGAUGGCUGCGAAGUUUCGUUCCGGCCUUAGACCCAAGAUAAGGGUAGCUCUGGCCAGUCGUAGGGGAAUUCCUUAUUCUGAGGUGUUGGGUUGCGCUCUAGACGUGGAAGAAGCGCUGCCCAAGAAUGAGAGGACAACAAAUCCUGCACCAAUUGGAGGCAUUCGGUGCUAUGCCUGCGGUGGAAAUGGGCACACGUCUCGAGAGUGCCCAAAUAACAACAAGGGUGGAGUGAAGAAUGGGCAAGGACAGAGGCCACCCCAACAGCCACAACCAAUCCGACAAGUGGCCCCACAGCAAGCGAGGGCAUAUGCGCUAAGGGGAAAUCAAGGGCAGGAACCCCAAGCCAUCAAGGGCAAGGAGAAUUUGGCAGGUAUGGGAAAGCUCCAACAACUUCCUAUUAUCGUGCUGUUUGAUACGGAUGCUUCGCAUUCUUUUAUUUCAAUGUCAUGUGUGAAUGCCUUAGACUCGUUACUGCUAAUCUUGAACCGAAAUUGA